GGCCGGGACCCUGGGCUCGCGCGGGAGACGACGCGCCACAAACUUUGCCUUUUAUUGUUCCUAGCCCUUUAAGUGCAAGGGACUCGGUUGGGCAGGAAAAAUGUCCUUCUUCAAUUUCCGUAAGAUCUUCAAGUUGGGGAGCGAGAAGAAGAAGAAGCAGUACGAACACGUGAAGAGAGACCUGAACCCCGAAGAGUUUUGGGAGAUUAUAGGAGAACUGGGCGACGGAGCCUUUGGGAAAGUGUAUAAGGCCCAGAAUAAAGAGACCAAUGUUUUAGCGGCUGCAAAGGUGAUUGACACCAAAUCUGAAGAAGAACUUGAAGAUUAUAUGGUUGAGAUUGACAUAUUAGCAUCUUGUGAUCACCCAAACAUAGUCAAGCUUCUAGAUGCCUUCUAUUAUGAGAACAAUCUCUGGAUCCUCAUUGAAUUUUGUGCAGGGGGAGCAGUAGAUGCCGUCAUGCUUGAACUUGAGAGACCAUUAACUGAGUCCCAAAUCCAAGUAGUUUGCAAGCAGACUUUAGAGGCGUUGAGUUACUUACAUGACAACAAAAUCAUCCACAGAGAUCUAAAAGCUGGCAAUAUUCUUUUUACCUUAGAUGGAGACAUUAAACUGGCGGAUUUUGGCGUAUCGGCUAAAAACACCAGGACAAUUCAAAGGAGGGAUUCUUUUAUUGGCACGCCAUAUUGGAUGGCUCCUGAAGUAGUCAUGUGUGAGACAUCAAAGGACAGACCUUACGACUACAAAGCUGAUGUUUGGUCCCUGGGUAUUACUUUAAUAGAAAUGGCUGAGAUAGAGCCACCUCACCAUGAGUUAAAUCCAAUGCGAGUGCUCCUAAAAAUAGCAAAAUCUGAGCCCCCAACAUUAGCACAGCCAUCAAAAUGGUCUUCAAAUUUUAAGGAUUUUCUAAAGAAAUGCUUGGAAAAGAAUGUGGAUGCCCGGUGGACUACAUCUCAACUGUUACAGCAUCCCUUUGUUACUGUGGAUUCCAAUAAACCAGUCCGAGAAUUGAUUGCUGAGGCAAAGGCUGAAGUAACAGAAGAAGUUGAAGAUGGCAAAGAGGAAGAUGAUGAUGAUGAAACAGAAAAUGCUCUGCCAAUACCUGCAAAUAAGCGUGCCUCCUCUGACCUCAGUAUUGCCAGCUCUGAGGAAGAUAAACUCUCACAAAAUGCUUGUGUUUUGGAAUCUGUGUCAGAAAGAACAGAGCACAGUACUUCUGAGGAUAAGAUUAGCAACAAAGUUCUUAGUGAAAAACCUACUACUGAUGAACCCAAGAGGGCCGAGGAGGGUGUUCAUGUGGAUGGAAAUGAUGCCAGCUUAGAGACUGUGCCUGGACUAAGUGACCAAACAGUGGGAACCCAUGAGAAUGGGAGAGAGAAGAAGAGACCCAAGCUGGGAAACCUACCUGACAGAGAAGACCAACAAGCUGUGGGCGUUGACUCAGUCAGUGAAGGAAAUGAGAGUGAUUUAGGAACUUUAGAAAUAAGCACUAAUUGUUUGAAACCAGAGGAAGACAGGAAUAAAGAAAACCAAGAGAUACUUGAAAAUAAACUCAUACAAUCUGAAGAGAUUAAAGAAAUGUGUGUUCAAACAAUAGACUUAGUUUCUCAAGAGACUGGAGAAAAAGAGGCAGAUUUUCAGGCAGUUGACAGUGAAGUUGGGUUUACAAAGGAAGACGCCCAAGAGAGCGUUGGGAAGGAUGAUGAAACUCCAACAGUGCUAAUCAGUGAGAGAACUGUUGAGGCAGGAACAAAUGAGGCACUAGCUGUUGCUCAGAAGGCUGCUAAACAUGGUGGCAAGGAUGCCCAGAGUGAUGAGGGGGAAGAAAUAGUACAUGUGACCGAGAAGUUAGCAGAGACACCUACAGAGGGCCCCGAGGCUGGUAGUGCUGAAGAGGAGCCUCCUACUCAAGACAGAGUUGAGAGUGAAGAGCUAGAGGAACGGUCUGCAGUGUGUGAAGGCGAGGGACAGUUAGUCAGCACUUCAGAGACUAUACGGGCAGCCAUGGAGGAACCAGGAACAGAUGAAGUUGAGCAGGUCAAGGAGGAGUCACAUAGCAUGGAGGAGAGAGACAGACAUGCGUUGACUGGUGCUGAAGAACGGCCUCUAGGAAGUGAAGUUGAGGCAGCUUCCACUGAGGCAGAGUUGGAGAGAGAAGAAAUUGCACAGGAAGUGCCAGCUAAAGCAGAGCCUCAAGCUCCUGCAGCCUCUCAGCCUGUUGAGCCUCACCCUGUCCUAAUACCCAGUAUUAAUAUUAACUCUGCAAACACAGAAAGCAAAGGAGAAGUGGAUGCUUUACCAAAAACUGAAGCCAUACUGCCACAAGAGCCUGAAAAUGAAAAGGAAAAUGACACUGACUCAGGGACUGGGUCCACUGUAGAGAACAGCAGCGGUGACUUGAAUUUGUCCAUCUCUAGCUUCCUAAGCAAAACUAAAGACAGUGGUUCAAUGUCUCUACAAGAGACAAGAAGACAAAAGAAAACAUUGAAGAAAACACGCAAAUUUAUUGUCGAUGGUGUAGAAGUCAGUGUAACGACAUCAAAGAUAGUUACAGACAGCGAUUCCAAGACUGAGGAGUUGCGGUUUCUCAGACGUCAGGAACUUCGAGAGCUACGAUUUCUUCAGAAGGAAGAGCAGAGAGCGCAGCAGCAGCUCAAUGGCAAGCUGCAGCAGCAGCGGGAGCAGAUCUUCAGGCGCUUUGAGCAGGAGAUGAUGAGUAAGAAGCGGCAGUAUGAUCAAGAGAUUGAGAAUUUAGAGAAGCAGCAGAAACAGACAAUUGAACGGCUAGAACAGGAGCAUACAAACCGCUUGCGAGAUGAAGCCAAACGCAUCAAAGGAGAACAAGAGAAGGAGCUGUCCAAAUUCCAGAAUAUGCUAAGAAACCGCAGGAAGGAGGUUAUAAAUGAAGUGGACAAAGCACCCAAAGAGCUGAGAAAAGAGCUCAUGAAACGCAGGAAAGAGGAGCUUGCACAAAGCCAGCAUGCUCAGGAACAAGAAUUUGUUCAGAAGCAACAGCAGGAGUUGGACGGCUCUCUGAAGAAGAUCAUCCAGCAGCAGAAGGCAGAGCUGGCCAACAUUGAGAGAGAGUGCCUGAACAACAAGCAGCAGCUCAUGCGAGCUCGAGAAGCUGCUAUUUGGGAGCUUGAAGAGCGACACUUACAGGAAAAGCACCAGCUGCUUAAGCAGCAGCUUAAAGAUCAGUACUUCAUGCAGCGACACCAGCUCCUGAAACGACACGAGAAGGAAACAGAACAAAUGCAGCGUUAUAAUCAACGACUUAUUGAAGAAAUGAAAAACAGACAGACUCAGGAGCGAGCUAGACUGCCCAAGAUUCAACGAAGUGAAGCCAAGACACGAAUGGCCAUGUUUAAGAAAAGUUUGAGGAUUAACUCAACAGCCACACCAGACCAGGACCGUGAAAAAAUCAAACAGUUUGCUGCACAAGAAGAAAAGAGGCAGAAAAAUGAGAGAAUGGCUCAGCAUCAAAAACAUGAGAGCCAGAUGCGGGAUCUUCAGUUGCAGUGUGAGGCCAACGUUCGGGAACUGCACCAGCUGCAGAAUGAAAAAUGCCACUUGUUGGUUGAACAUGAGACUCAGAAACUGAAGGAGUUAGAUGAAGAGCACAGUCAAGAGUUAAAGGAGUGGAGAGAGAAACUGAGGCCAAGGAAAAAGACACUGGAAGAAGAGUUUGCCAGGAAACUGCAGGAGCAGGAAGUGUUCUUUAAAAUGACUGGGGAGUCUGAAUGUCUUAAUCCAUCAACACAGAGCCGGAUCUCCAAAUUCUACCCUAUUCCCACCUUGCAUUCCACUGGGUCGUAGCAACGUUCUCUGCCUGGAUUUGGCUUCUAAGUACACCUUUGUAUCUUCUUCAUCUUCCACAGCGUGUAUGAGUCACAAAGACAAUCACCUGUUUCAUCUUCUUGGUGAUUUUAAAUUUUCUUUCUUGGAUUUUAUUGUUAAUAAAAGCUGAGGGGCAGAUGAACUAAGAUAGAUGCUAGGCCAUGUUGGCAAAGUAGCAUCUUGCAGUAAUUCCCUAAGGUGAUUUUGUAUAUUGACCUUAAAUAUUGUAUUCUUUAGACACUGUUAUUGAAAAACUGCCAGAGAAAUAAUGUUUAAAGUUAUUUGGAAAAAAAAUCUGUUACAUCAUUAAGUAUUAAUAAAUAUUAUUUUACCUGAUUUCUCAAUGAUGCAAAAUUCUAUAGUUAGGAUUCUGCUGUUCAAUUGGAAUAUUUUCUUUUGGUAAACCAGCUCUACUUAAAAGCUAUUGAUUCAGUACAUAGAUAUAUUUUUAUCAUUAAACAGGAUCAAAAUCUUUUAAAGAGAAAACUUAUUUCAGUAAUUUGUUACAAACCUUAGCCUGUGUGGGCAGGAGCUAAUAAUUGAGGUGCUAAUUUUGUUAAGAUAGUGCCUAAAACACUAAAUUUUAAGCAUAUGUAAAAUGGGGUUUUCCUUGUGAUCAACAGGAGCAGAGUGCCCUUUUCUCUGAACAUUACUGUUUUAAAACCUUGCUUACAUUACCAUUUAACAGAAAAUCCACACUAAAACAAGGGUUGCUUAAAGUUUGGAAGUUGAAAGAACUAGGUUAAAAUGUGCAAGUUGAUUGAGCUCUCCCACUUUCU